CGUCUGUUUACACGUCAAAAUUUUCAUACGACACAUGAAGUAAACUCAGUCAUUGGUCUGCACGUUACCACUACUACCUAGGUCAUCUUGCAGCUGAAGCCAGAUUCUCGUGAACGAUUAUACCCAAUACAAAGGUAGAGGUGAGCCUCAUCCUCAGGGGCGCGUGUCUUCCCAUCACUGGCUUCGCUGAGUCGGCAAUGUGACAACACUAGUCUUGAUGCACCAUGUGUAGAUGCUGCCAGUGCGGAGAGGGGCUCAUGUUGUAGUUUUCGGGUUAUAUGAUGCAGCGGAGCUGGUUAUCGGUGCCUGGCCUUUAAUAUGAGAGCUAAUUCUCUGCGUUGCGUCCUCGGAACUAUGCUCGAUAAUGUCAUAACUGUUUUUCUCAUUUGACCUCUAUGUUGCGACAGAUGGCUACCCCGCUGCUUGCAGUCGCUCUUCUGCUGCGACGCAUCUCAGCUGCCCCGGUGACACCUCUUGAAGCCGAUAUCCUCGCCGCGAAUUGGAAUAUUACCACGCUUAGAACUCAACUCGCCCCCUCGUGGUCAACCACGUCACCUAUCCGGAGCACUGCCGGCAUUUUGUGGACAGCUGUAACAACCCUAUCAUUGUGUGUAUAUACGGUUAUCCACGUGAACGUACCACUGCGGAGUGAGACACGAUGGAAGUUUUACCGACGCAAAGCAUGGUGGGUGCUCGCCGCAAUACUGGCACCCGAGUAUGCACUAUGGGCGGCAUUUGAGCAAUGGGACUCCGCAAGACUCCUCCGUAACAAGCUACAGAAAUAUAAACCAGAGGAGAGAAACGAGACAGGUCCAGUUGAGAAGGAAGGCCAGAAAAUGCAGGAAGAGAAAAUGAAUUCCGGCUGGUCAUACUGCUUCUACGUCGUGAUGGGGGGACUCACGGUCAACGUCAGCGCCAUAAAUCCCGAGUUCCAAUAUAUGACAGUAACGCCUGCGGGACUGUGUUUACUGGCAGAAUACAGUCGCUUACCUCAUGUCUCGAGGAAAUCUAUCAAAGAUCGGAGCAAAGCAGAUGGGCUGGCUAAGCUACUUGUUUGUGUUCAGGUAGCAUGGUUAAUCAUCCAAAGCAUCGAACGAGCGGCGAGGGACUUGCCAAUCGCGCUGCUUGAGAUCCACGUGCUAGCCCACGUUGCUUGCGCAUUGUUACUGUAUGGGCUAUGGUUCAAGAAACCUCUCGAUAUCCACGAAGCCACCAUGGUGAACUCCAGUGGUUUCGAUGAUGAACUUGCUUUGAUGCUCCUUAUCAGUCAAGCCAGCGAGGAAAACCGAAAGAGGUGGCGAGAUGAACACAAAGCAAACCAGGCAAUCACAGCUGAAAACUGGCUAAAGCUUCUUACAGAAGACGUGAUAAUGGUGGGCGAACAGAGGGGUCAACCACAGAGCAAUAAAACAUGUGGAGAUCAGCCACAUGUCGAUGAAAUGAUGAAAAGAGCUAAAAGAGCCGCAGAGAAGUUGUUAGAGGCACGGACGAGAAACGAUCCAGCAUCUAAUACGUCACAAUGGUUCGAGGAGAGUAACUCGAGCUUUUUGGUGUAUAGGGCAAAAGACGUAUUGCUCCAAACACUACUGGAACACUUCAAUCUUAUUAGCCCCAGGCGCCAAUUAUUCCCUUUGCAUUUCGACUCACAUUUUCUAAUUUCCAGUGCGAUGGUUUGCCUCGCCGCUGUUUACGCGGCAAUUCACUUGGCAGCCUGGAGAUAUCAUUUCCCAACAGACACUGAGAUGUGGUUAUGGCGAGCAUCUAGCCUUACUAUUGCAGGCGUACUUCCAGCCAUAUUGUUUCUAAUUACCCUUGCAGUAGUGAUGGAGCGUAUGGGCAUGACAUUAUACACCACUCAGGUGACGUUGUUUAUAUGCGGAUUAUUGGUUUUGGUGUACGUUGUGGCGCGUUUUUUCUUAUUCAUUGAAUCUUUCAUCAGUCUAAGGCAGAUGCCAAUUGGUGUGUUUGUCACAAUGCAGUGGUCGGAUUAUAUUCCUCAUGUGUAACUUUCAUUCCCCUUCUCCUGUAUGCUCUCUUUUUAACGAAAGAGGUAUCACAACCCAGCCCAGCGCCUCGAUGAGUCAGCAGACGCUUUUGUGCCGAGGGUUUAAUAUUGCUGUUUUUCGGAUUGGGGUACAUUGAGUGGGAAUCCGCGAGUCAGACCUUCCGUAGCCCUCCUUUUUCUAGGUUGCAAGAAAGUUACUUAGGGGCAAUCAUCUGCAACCAAAACACAGCCACGCACUAGAAAGCCAAUGAACGAGCAACAUAGCCUAG